GAGAAAUUACUAUGGUGGAAACUGGGCCAGCUUUAGUUUCUCAGGAUUAUUGUCCUGGAUUAAAGAAAAUCAGCAAAAAGCAGAUAUCACUGAUGAAUGUGAAGACUGGAGAAAACUGAUCCUUGAGAAUGAAGAAGUUAUUUCUCUUACCAAGAAGGAUAAAACUAUUGAACAUGUAGAAGAUUUCUGUUUUGCUGAUCAGGAUUCAGCUGAAGAUGUUGAAGAAGCUGGUGCACUGCCAAAGCUGCCUGUCUUUGGAGCCUCUGGUGCCGAGGGAGUUGCUCAGGAAUCGGAAAAAGAGUGCCCACGGAUGGAGAGUGCCUUACCGGAGGCGGAGAGCCGGGAACCAGAAAAGGCUCCAGGCACUGAGCCAGCAAGUGCAGUGGAAGGGAAUGACGUGGAAAUAACCUCUGAGAAUGGCAGUUCACAGAGUACGGCUUUAGGCGAGUCCACCCCGGAAUCGGGAAGAGCUGAAGCUGCACCCUCAGAAACUUCUGCCCAAGAACCAAAGAAAAUUACAUAUUCCCAAAUUGUUAGAGAAGGCAGAAGGUUUAAUAUUGAUUUAGUUUCCAAGUUGCUUUACUCCCGAGGUCUGUUGAUUGAUCUUCUGAUUAAGUCGAACGUUAGCAGAUAUGCAGAGUUUAAAAAUGCGAUGCGAAUUCUUGCCUUUCGAGAAGGAAAAGUAGAACAGGUACCUUGUUCUAGAGCAGAUGUCUUCAACAGCAGACAGCUUGCUAUGGUGGAAAAGAGAAUGCUAAUGAAAUUUUUGACAUUUUGUUUGGACUAUGAACAACACCCCGAUGAAUACAAAGACUAUGAGAGCGGUACGUUUGCUGAGUUCUUAAGAACACGGAAGUUAACACCCAGCUUGCAGCACUUCAUUCUUCACUCCAUUGCAAUGGUUUCGGAGGCUGAUUGUAGCACUCUUGAAGGUCUUCAGGCAACAAAAAAAUUUCUUCAGUGUCUUGGCCGCUAUGGCAAUACACCAUUUUUGUUUCCUCUCUAUGGUCAAGGAGAGAUCCCACAGUGUUUCUGCAGGCUGUGUGCUGUAUUUGGUGGUAUCUAUUGUCUUCGCCAUUCCGUGCGGUGCCUUGUAGUGGACAAAGAAUCUGGACGAUGCAAAGCUAUUGUGGAUCACUUUGGACAGAGAAUAAGUGCUAACUAUUUUAUUGUGGAAGAUAGUUACCUUUCCGAGAGCAUAUGCACAAACGUGUGUUACAGGCAGAUCUCCAGAGCAGUACUCAUUACUGAUCAAUCUGUGCUAAAUACAGAUUCAGAGCAGCAGAUCUCCAUUUUGACAGUGCCUCCAGUGGAUCCAGGAAAACCAGCAGUUUGCGUCAUUGAGUUGUGUUCCUCAACCAUGACAUGCAUGAAGGACACUUAUUUAGUCCAUUUAACCUGUCCAUCAACUAAAACUGCUAGGGAAGAUUUAGAGCCUGUUGUACAGAAGUUAUUCACUCUAAAUACAGAAAAAGAGUCUGAAAAUGAAGACAUGGGAAAACCUACAGUCCUCUGGGCCGUCUACUUCAACAUGAGAGAUUCUUCAGGGAUUGACAAAAAUUCAUAUAAUGGCUUACCCUCAAAUGUUUAUGUCUGUUCUGGACCAGACGCAGCUUUAGGAAAUGACUGUGCUGUCAAACAGGCUGAGACUAUUUUCCAAGAAAUGUUUCCUACCGAGGAAUUUUGCCCACCACCACCAAAUCCAGAAGAUAUUAUUUAUGAUGAGGAUGAGACAGCACCAGAGGAGACUGGAUUCAGCAAUUCACCAGAGACAAAACCUGAAUCCUUAACUGAGGAAAGCAGUAGUGGAGGUAGUACUGCUCUUAAGAAAGAAGAUAAUGAAGAAUGAGUUAGCACUGUUCUCUUAUUAGAAGAGGAGGUUGACCCCAACAAAAAUGUAAGGGAGGAAGGGUAACAAAAAGAGGUUUAAAA